AUGCAAAGCUACAUUUUGGUAAAGGUCCUUAGUUUCCAGCCAAAACAAAACCAACAAGAUUCAAACCCGUUUCCCAACUUUCAAAACCAUUCUUCCGAACCCAACCACUACUUCAACGCCACUUCACCUCCGCCGUCCGGGACCAUCUCCCCAAACGUGGCGUACAUGACGGCGGAGUUGAUCAUUGCCUUUUUAUCGACAGUCGGUAAUGUACUGGUCUGUGCCGCUGUGGGAAUCAACCAAAAGCUGCGGACGGUCACCAACUACUUCCUGGUGUCGCUCGCGGUGGCGGACAUCUGCGUGGGUUCCAUCGCCAUCCCGUGUGCCAUCCUGACGGACAUCGGGCUGCCGCAUCACAACCUGCCCCUGUGUCUGCUCAUGCUCAGUGUGUUGAUCAUGUUUACCCAGAGCUCCAUUUUUAGCCUACUUGCGGUUGCGGUGGAGCGCUACCUGGCCAUUUUAAUGCCUUUCCGCUAUCAGACGCUAAUGACGAGACGGAACGCCAUCUUGAUCAUUCUUUUAACCUGGUUGCUUGCUUUCCUCAUUGGUCUGAUUCCGCUCAUGGGCUGGCACAAGACACCUCCGGAGUUAGGCUACUGUUUCUUCGUUUCUGUGGUGGACAUGGCCUAUAUGGUUUAUUUCAACUUCUUCGCCUGCGUGCUUGCCCCGUUGGUGAUCAUGUUCCUGAUUUAUGCGCAGAUUUUUGCCACAGUCAAGAAUCAAAUGCGGCGGAUUUCCUUUGCGCACAGUAGAAGAGGAGAGGUGCAAAGGUCCAUGGCGGCCGGGCUUCGCAAGGAGAUAAAGACUGUCUUGCCCGUGUUUCUGGUCCUGUUCCUUUUCACCAUCUGCUGGAUCCCACUACAUGUGAUCAACUGCUUCCUGCUGCUGUGUCCGCACUGCUCUGUUCCCUUUGAGCUGCUUCUCGCUGCCAUCAUUCUUUCGCACGCCAACUCUGUAGUCAACCCGUUCCUCUAUGCGUUUACGAUGACUGCGUUCAGAAACACGUUUAAAGCUAUAUUUUUAUGUUGUCGACCGGUGAGAAGCAGCGAGAGUGACAGCAGUAUUGGAUCAUGA